AUGUGGCCCGUGGGUGCCGAUGUGGAUGUCGUGGAUGUGGAUGUGGAUGUGGAUGUCGUGGAUGAUGUGGAUGUCGUGGAUGAUGUGGAUGUCGAUGUGGAUGUCGAUGUGGAUGUCGUGGAUGAUGUGGAUGUCAAUGUGGAUGAUGUGGAUGUCGAUGUGGAUGUCGGUCGGAGGAGCAUGGUUGGAAUAAGGUAG